AUGGCGUCUGGCAGAGGCAUCAGGGAUUGGCUCCCUCUGAUUCGUCGCCGAUCAAGAAGUGCCCUCCAGAAGCGCAAAAGGGGCAGCUCUGAUGCGCCAGUACACACGUCGGCGUUGGCGCUCGCACUUCUGCUCCUUAUGUCGGGCAUCCAAUCGCCUCAAGUGGUCCUUGGCCAGACGUGUGGCGUCUUCUCGUGCAGCGGUCCAGGACUGACCUGCUGCGAGGGGGUCUUCUGCUUCAAUUCUGCAAACGGUGGCUUCUGCUGCGGCAGAACUGCCUGCGUUUCCGGAAGUAUAUGCUGUAGCGAUCCAGCCACCGGUGACCAUCAUUGCUGCCGGGGGGAUUACCAGUGCUGUGCGGGGGGCUGCUGCACCAAUUACGAGACGACCGGUGACGUCUGUCACGUGGAUGCCAAUGGUUUCGGUACAUGCCGAACCGUCUGCUCCACAUUCCCUGUGGUCACAACCUUCUGCAGCCUGGGGCCUGAAUCCAACCCCGCGCAAAACUGCUGCGGUCCCCACCAAAAGUGCUGCAAGGGGUCGGGCCACUGCUGCGACUCCGAUUGCGCUGAUAGGAAUGGCAUCUUAAUCUGUCCUGACAGUGUCUACGGAGAUCCUCACAUCUCGCUGUCUAGCUUGAUUGACCUUGAGAAGCAUCCCGACGUUGAGGACUUCUCUUUUGACUUCCAUGGUGAAGCCAACAAGACUUACUGCAUGAUAUCCGACCAUCUUUUUGCUGUUACCGUUCGCAUGUUUGGCCUCUCAGCGGACGUUGAGAUACUUGAGCGUCCAGUAGAGGACCCCACAAGGUUCUUUGAGGGCACCUGGAUUGACGGAAUUGGGUUCAUGUACAUCAACUGGAGUGGAGAAGAAAGGAGGGUCGAAGUCCUCCUGAACCACGAUUCGGACAGCUUUGGAGACGCCGAGCCUUUCUCUGCCAGUCUGGAUGGCUUCCGCAUCCCCAUCAGUAUCCAUGACGGACCUGAGUUUCUUUGGACCAGCCCCGACGGCAUGGUCAAGAUCAGCCCCCAUUGUACUCGAGGAAGUGCUCUUUCAAUCUCUGUCGGCGAAUCACUGGACAUGGAUAUCUUCCGGGAGUUUGAAGACGAGAUCAUCACUGAGCCACCCGUGCAGUUCCUGAACUUCGAGAUCCGUCAUGCUGCAACCACUGAUUUUGUGCACGGGUUUUUGGGUCAGAUGUACGCUCCUGGAGCGGUUGAGGAGCGGCUGGCUAUGGGCACCCUCGAGGGGUUUCUCCACCGCGAGUACGUCGAAGGUGCGGACGAAGACUACGAGACGUCCAGCCUCACCUCGUCGGACUGCGCCUUCGACCGCUUUGGAAAGGACCUGUCAAAAGCUUCCGGCUUCUCCGCCGUCAACUUCGGAAGGCGUCUCCUGACGCCAUCUGUCUCGGACCGUUUGCCAGUGAACUGCAAGGUCCUGGACAAAGGGCGGAAAUUCACGUGCGCCUGA